CAGUGUGACACUGUGCACUCGAGGGUGGAGGAGCUCUCUGCCGAGUUGGAAUCUGUGCUCACUGAAAAGCACCUAGCUAGUGAGGCUCUUGCCGAGGCCUCUGAAACUAUUAUAACUCUGGAGACUAAACUGAACGAACUGCAAGAAACGGCUCAACCACCACAGACGACUAGCCGUGGCAAUCAGACCGGAUUCCCUUACACGAUGGCUGACUGUGAAGUCCAGACGAUUCCGGAGACGUUGGAAUACGACGUUGAGACAUCGGAGCUGGGUACGGAAGAGAAUGGUGCAAUCUCCUCUGAAUGCGAGGAAAUCGGCUCUAUUGACACCUCCGAAGCUCUGGCGGUUGAUAGACGGAAUCUCUCGGGAGAAAUUGUCCGUCUACACGACGAGCUGAAAGAAGCAAGAGACCUCUUGGAAUCACGACAAAUCGAGUUUAAUGAAGUG